CAAGUCUCUCGACAGAACUACUCAGUCUCAAUUUCCUGAGGAUCUCCUGUUUAUCUAAGGCUAGGAUAAUCAACAUUGACCCAUUACUGAUAUGGCAUCCUGCAGCAGUCUCCUGGCUGAAGAAAAAUUCCAAUGCGCUGUCUGUCUGGAAGUGUUCAACGAGCCAGUCUAUAUUCCAUGUGGUCACAUCUUCUGUAUGGCCUGCAUCACCAGGUACUGGGAUUCCACAGAGGUGUGCCAAUGUCCACUGUGUCAGAUCGUGUUUAACAGGAGACCAGAUCUGUUUGUCAAUCCUGUCAUUUCUGAGAUGGCUGCUAAGAUCACUAAGUCUGUGGAGGUGAAAGCCGAGCCCGGAGACGUGGCCUGUGAUGUUUGCACUGGGGCGAAGCUCAAGGCCCUGAGGUCUUGUCUGGAGUGUCUGACCUCCUUCUGUGAAGCCCACCUGCAGCACCACCAGAAUGUGGUGGGCCUUAAGAGACACACACUCAUCGACCCUGUGGAGAAUUUGGAAGACAGGAUGUGCAUGAAGCACGACAAACUGCUGGAGCUGUUCUGUCAGAUUGACCAGACCUGUGUCUGUCAGUUCUGCAUGGUGACAGACCACAAGAACCACCCCACUGUCCCUCUAGAGAAAGAGUAUGGAGUGCGGAAGGACCAGCUGGCAAAGGUCAUGUUAAAAGUCCAGCAGAUGAUACUGGAGCGACAGCAGAAGGUCCUGGAGGUCAAACAGUCAGUAGAGCUCAGCAAGAGUGUCACAGAGAAAGAUGUUGGUGAGCGUGAGGCGAUCUUCACUGCUCUGGUAUGCUCUGUUGAGAGAAGCCAUACUGACUAUAUCGAGGUAGUUGAGGAGAAGCAGAAGACGGUUGAGAGGCUGGCUGACGGACUCAUUCAAGAGCUGGAUCAGGAGAUCAACGAGCUGGAAAGGAGAUGCACUGCGCUGAAUCAACUUAUACACACUGAGGACCAACUCCACCUCCUGCAGAGCUUCCCAUCCCUGGAUUCCACCACACUAGGUCCCACCAGGGACUGGUCUAAGGUCAGCGCUCACGGUGUUCUGAGUGGGGAAGAUGUGAGAAAAUCCUUGAGGGGUUAUGUGUCUCAUAUGGAGACAACAGUCAAAAAAGUUUUUUCUGAACUGAUGGAAAACUUCAAUAAAGAGAUGGUGAAGAGGACUGACGCCAAACUGAAGUGGAUGCAGCAGUACGCAGUGGAUGUGACUCUAGACCCCGAAUCAGCAAAUCCCUCUCUCAUUGUGUCUGAAGAUGGAAAACAAUUUAGAGACGGAGACAGAAAACAGAAAGUCCCUCACAACCCUAAGAGGAUUCAUUCUUCUCUCAGUGUAAUGGGAAAAGAAGGCUUCUCUUCAGGUAGAUUCUACUUUGAGGUGAAGGGCUCGAGUGGGUGGAUGUUAGGAGUGGCCAGAGAGUCCAUCGACAGGAAGACAACAGAGCACAGCUUCUGGGUGAUUGGACUUUGCGAUGAGAGUUACAGGUCUUUCACCUCCUCCCCCAGUGUCCACCUCCCUCUUAAGCUGAGUCUCCACAAGGUGGGGGUGUUUGUGGAUUAUGAGGAGGGCCUGGUGUCAUUCUAUAACGUGGAAGCCAGGUCCCAGGUCUACUCCUUCUCUGGUCAGACCAUCACAGAGAAACUCUACCCAUACUUCACCAGCUGUGGAAAUGAUACCAGCAAAAACUCAGCUCCUGUCAUCCUCUCACCUGUCACUCACUCAGACUCGACACACACUCGUUUCAAAUUCCGAUUCUGGUAAAGAUCUUUUCUGCAGCCUAGAAUCAUUCACAUAUUAUCUUAUUACUGCCAUUGAGACUUUUUGCCCACUUCCAAACAACCAGUGGAACAGCUAAGUGGAUCAUUAAAUGUUUAAUCUUUAUACACAGAAGUCCAAGCCAAACAAAGGUUUAGGAUGUUUAUUCGUCUCUGUG